GAAAGCUUACAUCAGCAGUACAGAAGCAAAGUCAUCACUUGACUUCCUCCGCAGUCAGGACUCGCACACCAAGUCUUCGGCAUGGCUCAUCCACCAGCUCUAACCGUUGUAACGGCGAUCCUGCUGUUGAGCGGCGUUACGGCGUUUGACAUAGAUGUAGGGGGCAUCUGUGAAGAUGAGGCGGAGCCCUGUGCCUGCGGAUCUACUGGUCUCAACUUCGUCAUCACGUAUAAGACAUGCGCAGCGUUCUACCGCUGGAAGCCCUACUGUCGCAUCUGUGGUGACGUGGACCACAAUGACGUGUGUCAGCAGUACCGUUACUGCGCAGAGUGCCGUGACCUCAAGUACACGGAGUCUGACGGCUGCGCCAGAUGUCCACCCAACAAGUACGGGAAGUUCUGCACAUUAGAUUGUAAUUGUCGGAACGGAGGUGUCUGUAAGUCGGACGGGCGCUGCGAAUGUUCGGCGGCAUUUCAUGGUCGAUACUGCCAGCAUGAAGUCGAGCCAGAAGUGACUUGUCCCGACCGAGGAACCCCGCCUAAUGGUCAGUUAAGGUCAAGGCCUUUGGCUAGCUACACGGAGGGGUCGACGGUCCGUUUUGAGUGCAACGAUGGUUACAGUCUACGUGGUUCCAGCACGUCUAGGUGUGAGUCGUCCGGUAGUUGGAGCAGCCCCGUUCCUUCAUGUGUUAAAGUUUGCCAGGACCCUGGGACACCUACCAACGGUAGAAUUGUCCCUACCGGAAACCGACAACAACAGCAAUACCGACGGCCUGAAUCGCACCACAACAUCGGCAGCCAGGUCACAUUUCGGUGCAAUGACGGGUAUCGUCUGGUAGGGGCCGCCCAGAUCAUCUGUACGUACGAUGGGCAGUGGAACGACGUCAUCCCAUCUUGUGGUAAGUCUAACUUCACAUCCACAAACAGGGACCCGGUCAGGCUGUUUGUGGAAACGAAAAAUAGAAAUGUAUACGUAAAAAUAUACACAAGUAAUGCCGACGACUAUUCUCUAUAUGUCUUGUGUAGUUAUGUGUCUUUUAUAGCUGCCCGGCCAGGCCCCGGUUUGGAAAUACAUUCAUAA